AUGCUCGAGUCUCUUACUGGAACUCGGCAGGAAGCCACCCGCAGCGCGCGAGCCUUCGGAGCCAUGAAACGACAAUUCCCAGCCGCUGCAGUCUCCAACGUCACACACACCACCGAUAUGCACCGCUCGCGCGCCCAGCGCAGCUCCACCCCGUUACAACCUGCACGCACGCACAUCCCCGGACGCACAGCAUACCGGGCCGUGCACGACCGGUGGAGGGCGAUCGUGUGGGCGGUGCGCGAUGCGCGGCUCGUGUCUCAGCCAGUACUGUCUGGAGGUAAUGUUCAAAAAGUUUUGUGA